AUGUUCGGCCAAGGUCUCUUCAGUUGGUUUGGCACAUCAAAAACAGUGGGCUCAGAGGAGAAUGGUCAACAUACAUGGGAUCCGAAAACUUUGACCAUGACUCAACCCCAAAGUCCAGCCGCCCCAACAACCGAUAACGUUGUCACCAAUCAACCCACGCCCACGGAAGAUAUGCAAUUACAGUUGCGCGGUGGAGUUGCUGCUGCUGCUGCUGCUUCUGCGGCGAUUGCUGUGGUCCUGAUGGGCCACCAGGUGGACCAGGUGGACCAGAUGGCCCCGGCGGAGGACCUGGAGGACCCGGUGGUUGGUAAAGCUAAUAGUUGUACAGUGUAUAGUCAGCGUGUAUAUAAUUGGCAUUAUUGGGUAGCUCUUUGA